AUGCCGGCAUUGGCGAAUCUUCGGCAAAACACUCAAGAGCUGCUGGAUACAUGCCUCCAAAUCUCAUGUGGAAACAUUGCCGCUGGCCAUGGGCUGCGCGGUGUCGUCACCGUCCUUCUGCUGUGUAGCUUUUGGUCAGCGGGCUUAGCAAAUGCUAUUCGACCUGGUCACAAGCCUGCUAAACCUAUGUUGGAGCAAAGGGCUGCCCCCAUUCCUAUCGGCACUACCAUCCGUCCGCACCGGGCUGGAGAUAGUCUUGGACCCAAGCCAAGCAUUCCACGGCGGCCCUUUGUCGGCACUGAGUCGACUUGGACUAAAGUCUACCCAGGCACUACCAUCACUCCAUUUGCCGUCAAUCAAUGCAGAGUUUCCAAUCACCUGGGUUGA